AAAUUGCGACCUGUACCUUGAGCACAAGGUUUACAUGAACAGCCAGACGGAGGGAUGGACUUAGCUUAAUCGAUUUAAAAACGAUUCUAAGCCCUCCCCACUAAAGUGGUUUAGGGUAGCUUUUUACUUUAGGUCAAAAGAUAAUGAAGAAAGAUAUAGCACAUUGAAAUGACACAAUAAAUCUUAUAAAAAGUAUAUCUUCGCUCUGCUCAAACAUCUCAAAAAUUACCAAAAACGGGGAUUUGUUAAAAAGUGUAAACUGUCUUUAAAUAUCUUACGUUAACACUUUCCAUAUCGGUUUCUAAGCAGAAAUUAUAUUACUACAUACGGUUUUUAUAACCAUAGUAACCAAAACUUUGUUUAUUGAAAUAAAUAUUGAAAAUUAUAAAAUAUUUUACCUAAAAUCGAGCAAAAAAAACUUUAGAAGAAAAGCAGAACAGUAAAAUAUUUAAAAUUCAAUACAAAAUAUGGCUAAUUUCGUAUAUCCCGAAGAAUUAACAUAUUUCAUUGAAAGUAUUCGACCAUUUCAAAUUAAAGAUGUUGGUUCAACAAAAUGGUUAGAUGUCCAUGAAAUGAUUAUUAAACUUAGCCAACAGGCAUUACUUGAGGCUGCCGAACAUCGCGAAGAGGAAGUUAAGGAAAUGUUAAUAGCUCGUGAUAAGCUAAAGGUGUUAAUACACGAAGCAUUUUGUAUAUUUUUGUGGAAAACAAAAGUUUUACCGCAUCUCUUAGAUAUCGAUCCAAAUCCUUCGGCUACGUUUUUGAUCUAUACGGUUUUAUAUCAUGAAGGAGCGGUAAUUUCACUCUUAGACAUGGCAUUAUAUCAUGAAAGUGGUUGUGAGGCAUUACAGGAUUCGGCUAUUGAUUUGAUCGACUAUUGUGCUCAAGCUGUAGCUCAGGUUAUUGGUUUAGCAAGGUAGGUUUGUAAGGACAUG